GGUGAGAGACAUCUACAUUCCGAUUGGCUGGCGGUCAUUUACAGCUGAAACGCUACUAUCUCAUUUUCAUAGUUUAGCUGUUUUCAACUCUCAUUUACAGCUUUACAGCUUUAAAGCUAUCGCUCAAGCGUUUUAUCGCUCCUAUCGCUUUAUCGCUCAUGUCUAAUAGAAAGUGAAUGGGCGUUUAUCGCUCAAAACGCUUUACAGCUUUUGGUGUGAACGCACAGGAACUACUUCCGGGGAACACGUAAGGUGUGAUAUAAUAGUAAACAGAGGGACAAAGAGCGAUGUUUGCUCGAGGGGGGUGUCUCUCUAGGCUCGCAAGGGACGGUUGCCGAAGAAUGGGGAAUUUCACAUCCUCAUCUGCUAGUUUGCCUGGCCCAGGAUGUUCACAAUACGUCCAGGAGGUUGUGUCACAUAACUGUAUUGUGAUAUUUUCCAAGACGACCUGCCCAUAUUGUAGGAUGGCCAAAAAUGUGUUUAAUGAAAUCGGUGCAAAUUACAAAGUGAUUGAGCUGGAUGAGCAUGAUGAUGGCAGAAGAGUUCAAGAGGCCUUAGCUCAGAUGACUGGGGCCAGAACGGUUCCAAGGGUCUUCAUCAAUGGGAACUGCAUUGGAGGUGGUUCGGAUACCCAGCAGCUCCACCAGCAGGGGAAGCUACUGCCCCUCAUCGAACAGUGUGCUCCCUGCUGUACGUCCUCUGAAGGCUUGGGCAGCGGCCAUUUUGAAGCGACUAAAUGACUAACCGUUCUUGCAGUUUUAUCCGUAACUCUAUUUAUUGAAUGUAAUUUUGAUUGUACUUUGAACAUGGUACAUUGCUUAAGUAUUACCAUGUUAUUUGUUUAUAGCAAUAUAUUGAAUACUUGAUGUUACGUUACCAUUUUAUCCGUCUUAUCUAUGGUCGUACAGUCUUAUUAAAGCUGCCAUGUUUGAAAUAAUUACGUAACGUUUUAAUUUAUAGCAUACUGAUGCUGCAUGUCAUUACGCAGGAUCAUGUUUGCAAUAUUCCUACAUAUUUGACUGGAGCUAAAGUGGAGUAAUAAAUGCACCUAUACAAAAAUGUGCAAUUAAAGGAGCUCUUGUUUA